GCCAUGAAGUAAGUGGGCACUUCCUGUUUUGCCAUGUGGUCUCACCAUGAUGUGCUAUCCUGCCAUAGGACAAAAAGCCUCUUUUGCAAUUGUGUGGGCCCCACUUUAAGCUGUGAUGCCGAUCCAUCAGCCCUAGCAAAAUAUGUUUUGGCUCUGGUAAAGAAAGACAAAAGUGAAAAGGAAUUAAAAGCAUUAUGUAUUGAUCAGCUUGAUGUAUUUCUUCAGAAAGAGACACAGAUAUUUGUGGAGAAGCUUUUUGAUGCUGUGAAUACAAAGAGUUACCUACCUCCUCCAGAGCAACCAUCGUCAGGAAGCCUGAAGGUAGAUUUUCUUCAGCACCAAGAAAAAGAUAUAAAAAAAGAAGAGCUCACAAAGGAGGAAGAACGAGAGAAGAAGUUUUCCAGAAGGCUGAAUCAUAGUCCUCCCCAGUCAAGCUCCCGCUACAGAGACAACAGAAGCCGCGAUGAGAGGAAAAAAGACGAUCGUUCUCGCAAAAGAGAUUAUGAUCGAAAUCCUCCUCGAAGAGAUUCAUAUAGAGACCGAUAUAACAGAAGGCGAGGGAGAAGUCGCAGUUACAGCAGGAGUCGCAGCCGAAGUUGGAGUAAAGAGCGGCUUCGUGACCGGGAUAGAGAUAGAAGCAGGACGAGGAGCAGAAGCCGGACACGAAGCCGGGAAAGGGAUCUGGUGAAACCUAAAUAUGACCUGGACAGAACAGAUCCAUUAGAAAAUAAUUAUACACCAGUCUCUUCAGUAUCUAAUAUUUCAUCUGGCCACUAUCCUGUGCCUACUUUGAGCAGCACCAUUACUGUGAUUGCUCCCACUCAUCAUGGUAAUAACACCACCGAAAGCUGGUCUGAAUUUCAUGAAGACCAGGUGGAUCACAACUCUUAUGUGAGGCCACCAAUGCCUAAGAAACGGUGUAGAGAUUAUGAUGAAAAGGGGUUUUGUAUGAGAGGAGACAUGUGUCCUUUUGAUCAUGGAAGUGAUCCAGUAGUGGUAGAAGAUGUGAACCUGCCUGGGAUGCUGCCUUUUCCAGCGCAGCCACCUGUUGUUGAAGGACCACCUCCUCCUGGACUGCCUCCACCUCCUCCAAUUCUUACACCCCCACCUGUGAAUCUCAGACCCCCAGUGCCACCACCAGGUCCAUUACCACCCAGUCUGCCACCUGUCACAGAUGAUAUUUCUUAUUCUUUGGUUUUGACAGGACCACCUCCUCCACUCCCUCCUUUACAGCCAUCUGGCAUGGAUGCUCCACCCAACUCUGCAACCAGCUCUGUCCCCACUGUAGUAACAACCGGCAUUCAUCACCAGCCGCCUCCUGCUCCACCCUCUCUCUUUACUGCAGUUUUUGUGUUACCAGAUACAUAUGAUACAGAUGGCUACAAUCCUGAAGCACCAAGCAUAACAAACACUUCCAGACCUAUGUAUAGACACAGAGUGCAUGCGCAAAGGCCUAACUUGAUAGGACUAACAUCAGGGGAUAUGGAUUUGCCACCCAGAGAAAAGCCUCCUAAUAAAAGCAGUAUGAGGAUAGUAGUGGAUUCAGAAUCAAGGAAAAGAACCAUUGGGUCUGGAGAACCUGGAGUUUCUACAAAGAAGACGUGGUUUGAUAAACCUAAUUUUAAUAGGACAAACAGCCCAGGUUUCCAGAAGAAGGUUCAGUUUGGAAAUGAAAAUACUAAACUUGAACUUAGGAAAGUUCCUCCGGAAUUAAAUAAUAUCAGCAAACUUAAUGAACAUUUUAGUAGAUUUGGAACAUUGGUUAACUUACAGGUUGCCUAUAAUGGUGAUCCUGAAGGUGCCCUUAUCCAAUUUGCAACAUAUGAAGAGGCAAAGAAAGCAAUCUCAAGUACAGAAGCAGUAUUAAAUAACCGCUUUAUUAAGGUUUAUUGGCACAGAGAAGGAACUACUCAGCAGUUACAGACCACUUCACCAAAGCCGUUAGUUCAGCAGCCCAUUUUACCUGUUGUGAAACAAUCUGUCAAAGAGCGGUUGGGUCCUGUACCAUCAGUUACUGUUGAACCAGCAGAAGCUCAGAGUGCUACUUCAGACCUUCCCCAGAAUGUAACUAAGUUAUCUGUGAAGGACAGGUUGGGUUUUGUAUCAAAGCCAUCUGUUUCAGCAACUGAAAAGGUGUUGUCUACAUCUACUGGCCUUACAAAAACGGUGUAUAAUCCAGCUGCUUUGAAGGCUGCACAGAAAACUUUACUAGUUUCUACCCCUGCAGUUGAUAGUAAUGAAGCACAGAAAAAGAAACAGGAGGCACUGAAACUUCAGCAGGAUGUAAGAAAAAGGAAGCAAGAAAUUUUAGAAAAGCACAUUGAAACACAGAAGAUGCUAAUUUCAAAACUAGAGAAAAACAAAACAAUGAAGUCUGAAGAUAAAGCAGAAAUAAUGAAAACAUUAGAGGUUUUGACAAAAAAUAUUACCAAGUUGAAAGAUGAAGUCAAAGCUACAUCUCCUGGACGCUGUCUUCCAAAAAGUAUAAAAACGAAGACUCAGAUGCAGAAAGAAUUGCUUGACACAGAAUUGGAUUUAUAUAAGAAGAUGCAGGCUGGAGAAGAAGUCACAGAACUAAGGAGGAAGUAUACAGAAUUACAGUUGGAGGCUGCUAAAAGAGGAAUCCUUUCAUCUGGCCGAGGUAGAGGAAUUCAUCCAAGAGGUCGCGGUGCAGCUCAUGGCCGGGGCCGGGGCAGAGGUCGAGGACGAGGUGUUCCUGGACAUGCUGUGGUGGAUCACCGGCCCAGAGCCUUGGAGAUUUCCGCAUUCACAGAGAGUGACAGAGAAGAUCUUCUUCCUCAUUUUGCGCAAUAUGGGGAAAUUGAGGAUUGUCAGAUUGACGACUCAUCACUUCAUGCGAUAAUUACAUUCAAGACAAGAGCAGAAGCAGAAGCUGCUGCAAUUCAUGGAGCUCGUUUCAAAGGGCAGGAUUUAAAACUGGCGUGGAAUAAACCAAUAACCAAUAUUUCAGCUGUGGAAACGGAAGAAGUUGAACCUGAUGAAGAGGAAUUUCAGGAAGAGUCUUUGGUGGAUGACUCAUUACUUCAAGAUGAUGAUGAAGAAGAAGAGGACAAUGAAUCUCGUUCUUGGAGAAGAUGAUUUGACUGAUCACUGAUCUGCAUAUGCUAGGACUCUACCUGUGUUUCAUUAGUAUUAUCUAAUGUACUUUUACAUGUUUGUAAAAACAAUUUUUGGUAAAAUAUGAUGAAGAUGGAUUUCACAAAUAGAUAAAAGAGAAGAAAACUACCUUCUGAUCUUGUAUUUUAAAAGAUUGAUGUUUGCAUUUUAUUUCAGUAAACAAUUGCUAAAGACAUCACAAUAGAACAUAUGCAAUGUUUUUAUUACAUAAUUCUAUUGAACAUUACAGAAUUCUUUGGGUUAUUUGUAAAUUAAUGAAUAGAUUUGAAUACUUAUGACCCAGUUCUUGUCAUAACAUAGAGGAUUUUGUUUUACUCCAAAUAAGGAAUGAGUUUGCAUUUAAAACCUUAAUGAAUGUUUUCAAAAAUGAAUAGAUGACAUAGUACUCUAACUAAAGUCUCCAAGUUAUGUAUUCAUAAUAUUACAUAGUAGUAUGCUUAGGCUUUACUAUGUAUUAGCCGUUUGUUGGAUUUGUGUAUGUAUUUUAUCACAUGGGUGUUAAUGAUAAUGGUGUAUGACUGCUUUACAUAUGAGUCCUUAUGCAUCUGGAUGCUAAAAAUAAAGUGGAAUGGUCUUUUAAAAGAAAAAAGAAAAGAAAAAAAAGCAAUGAAAAAAAAAAUCCAUGACAAUGUUCCUUGAUUUAAAAAAAAAAAGAAAAAGUAAAAAAAAAAAAAGAAAAAAGAAAAAAAAGAAAAAAAGAGAAAAUGAAACAGACCAUUCCAGAUGAUGAUCUGCCUUCCCCAGACUAUCAAAAGGAUCUAUAAUCAUUAAAUAAUAAUGGGUACUGGUACCUUUAUAAUGAUGUACAAUCCAAUGUCUAAAAUUGAUACCACUUCAGUUUGGUUUGAUCAUAUACAUUUUCAACAGAUGUCUUAAAAUUUAAAAGCAGGCUGAUUAGUUUGGAACCAGACUUCAAGUAGCGCUAACAUUUGGUGACUAAGACAACUUCAUAUUACAUUUUGGAUGUAUGAAAGAGAACUUGCCCAUUUGAAGAUGUAUGAAUAAAGAAUGUACUAUAGAUACCACUUUAGGAAAACACUGUUUGUAGUCGUGAAAGAUGCCAAAUUGGCAGAGGCUCACGUUUCUUCUCUUUACACCAAACAGCAGAGAGAGAACAUCACUGCCUGAAUUUAGCUUUGUGACGACAUGAGCAAGCCCUGUCCUGUCCCGUCCUGUUGAAGAUGACUGUUAAUAUCAUCAUCAUGUCAUUUGGGUUUGCCCUUUCCAAUCUGAAUAGAUGUUUAUGUUUACAUGUACUGUGAUGACCAUUUUACCUUUACAGUUCUGUACAAGCACAUCUCGGUCCAGAGGUGUAUCAAAUAUGUGAUAUUUCUGACCUUAUUCAUAAAUGUUUUCUUUCUUUAUUUUAUAGCAGUUUAAUUUGUAAAAGACCUUAGGAAGGAACGAGGCCUUUUAGUUUCCUUACGAAAUAUAGUACAUCUCAGCCAAACUGAGAAUUGUGUCUGGUAAAUAUAAAGCCAUGAAAGCAUUAACUGAACAGUUUAGAAUGAAGAAAAUGAAUUAAAAAGGUAAACAUAAGUUUGGCUUUAAUUUUUCUUAUUUUUGAGAUGUAUUUAUUGAAUUAGGAUUGCCACUAAAAUAAUUUUGAGACAACUAUAAAGUACUUUUUACACAUUGUAAUUAAUUUGUCUGUUAUUGUGAGUGUAUAAAUUGAUGUGAUUGCUAGGACCACUUCAGUGAACUUUUGUUGUUGUUCUACUCUUCAAAAACAAGGAAAAUAAUUUUAUUUCUUUUCAAGUAAUAAAUAAUGACCUAUGUGUUUUAAAA